CGCGACUAUAGUGUUUAACAAACGUGCAACCAGUCCAUUCGCGACCGGCAGCCGGGCUGCACGCUCGAGAACCUCUUUGUCCGCCGUGUCUAUAAAUAAUCCAAGAAAGCGAGAUCCUGGAGAACGAUCGAUGCCAAAUCCUUCAGAUUUUAGGUAUUGGAGAUGAUCGAGAUCCUCGAGGACCGUAGUGUCAUGAAUCCCUGGAGAACUUUACCGUGAACCUUCAAUUAAAAGGUUCACGAAGGAAGCUUGGGUGGUGAUUCUUUGUCUGAUCCUUGGAUAACGUGGAUCGAUGGUUCUUUGAACAUGGCGCAGGUAAAAGGUGUGGUAACGCGAAAGGACUAGGAAAACUUGGAAAGAGCUUGAAGAUUCGAAGGAGAAAGUGUUUGGAAGAGGUUUCAUCCUCUGGUGACGUGGGACGUGAUUAGGUGAAGAUGAAAGGUCUUCGAGUGCGAGUGUCGAUUAUCUACGAACGUUCUUAGACAGUGUCUCGUUGAAGGUUUUCUAAUAUCGUCGAAGCUUGUCUCGAUCGAACGUAAGAUUCUCACGAUGAAGGAAAACGGGAUCCACGGUAGUUCCCCAAUUCAGAUAGUUUCCGAAGGUUAACCGCGAUGGUCGAGAGGAAUGGCGCGUCGAUCGGCCCAAAAUCGCAACCGAACCGCGUACAAUGGCCACGUCUUCGACACUACGCGUUUCCAAGACUCGGCGGAGUUGGAAAGUUAGCGCGGAUGACCCAGACUCAAGCGCGAUCGAGCAUGAAAUCAAUUCGAGACGGCGAGACGCGAAGCAGAGUGGACGCUGAGCUCAAUUUACCUGGGGUCUCGCGAAAAUCCCUCGAUCCGCUUCCUCCGCUCUGCAACCGAUCCCUCCUCGUCGCCAUUGUCGAUUCUCAGGGAUCGAUAACGCGAUUCGUCUCGUGAUCCAGCCUCCGAUCCUUCGAACCUUGCUAUAGUUCACGAACGAUCCACGAACAGAGUUCAGAGUUCGGAUAGAAGGGCAAGAUACCGGAAGAGGUCACCGAAAGGUUCGAUUCUUUCGAGAUUCGUCGAUAAAUUUGAUAAAUUCGUCGAGGAAGAGAAACGUUUCUGAUAGAGGAUCGUGUAGUUAACAGAGAAGUAAGUGCACUCGGAGGAGUUUCUAGAAGCGACGUCAUCGAUAUAACCACCGCAAGACUGUUUAUCGUUCGCCUGUCCUUCGUUGACACCGAUUAAACGCGCCUCAGAGCGACGCUUAUUGAGCAGAUCACUUCCGAAUGAACUGGCAGACAAGGACUGGCACCAGCCACGCUCCUGUCGAUGCUACUUAAGGCGGUUUGCUACCACCUGCCAGUGUCUCUGACACGCGAGUACCUUGUUCUUCAACAGAGACCUCGGAUCAUUGUGCUCGCUCAUCCAGAUCUGUCAACUAUUUUGGCAUUGAUCGGCUUCUUUGCUACUUUUCUUCAACAUAGACUGUUUCUUCUUGAUGUGGUGAUACAUCGGAUAUGGUGACCGGUGAACUGACAUUUGGUGAACCUUGAAUGGCCAAUAUGUGAGUUUCAAGAGUAGAUGAUCGAUCGUCGAGAUUCGUGAAUCAUUUUUAAUUGCUUCUUCGCUGUUCUUCUUCAACGCAGACUGUUUUUUCUACGGUAUUAUGUACGAUAUAAGAUAUAUUGGUGAACUUUGAGUUACCAAUUUGUGAGUGUAAGCGGACGAUCGAUAGACCAAUCGUUGCGACCGAAUAUCUCUCUUUUUUUAAUAUUCUUCUUGAGUGUAGAUUCUUCCUCCUUUUAGUGUGAUUUACGAUGUGAAUACGGCAUUGGUGAACCGAGAUACGGAGAGCUUCGAAUGAACGAUACGUGACCGACAAACAGGUGAUUAAUCGAGUGAUCGAGUAUUGGAAGUAUUUGAAGAAAAUCACGAACGUUCCAAUUUUUAAUUGAUCUUAACACUAUAUAAUUAGUGCUUGCAAUUAUUCGCAGCAGCUGGAUUUUUUAAAUAAUCCAAAUUUUAACCGAGGUCUCUGACAAUUUGAUAUACAGAAUUUAAUAGUUAUUUAGUAGAUGUUUCAAGCUAUUUGACAUUUCUCCUGACUCUCGUGCAACUAAAUUUUUUCAAGCAAUGCGAAUUCUACGCGAUCAAGGACUUUACUGCAAUUUAAUAACUGCGGUUUUCAAAUUAUAUAAUAUUUUUCCAGUAACUCUCUUCUCAGCUGGAUUUUCCGAUAUAAAUUCCAGGCCAAGGCCUUUGUAACAAUUUAACGCGGAUGUUUGAAAUUAUUUGACGUUACUGAUAACUGCUUUCUAGUGAAUUCUACGAAUAAUACGAAUUCUAGAGGAUCGAGGUUUCUGUGACAAUUUAACGCACGUUUGUACGAUCUUUCCAACGUCGAGUAACUUGAUUGGACUGAAUUCUUCGAAUAAUUGGAAUCUUUGGUGAUCGACUUCCGCGUAACGUUACAACGCACGUGUCCUACGAUUACUUUCGGACUGCUAAAAUUUUCGGAAUUUUGUUUUUAACGUGGCACGCGCGCUUGCGAUCCUCCGUUACGGCUCAAUGAUUUCCUCGAACAGAACUCCAUUCAGACGAUUUUAUGAAACAAAGAAGACACUUCUGUCGCGUCUACUAAAUUGGUCUCGUUUAAUAAUCAAGAUCUCGGUGCAUAGAUGCGUAACAUCGCUAUGAUUCUCUGAGACAACGAGUUGAUCAAGCUGACCUCCUUGUCAAACCCUGAAUCCCAAACGACCGAGCCGAGAAUCGCUAGAAUAAUCAGGAUCUUCCUGUGCAAUCUAAGCCAACUUCGUCUUGGAAAAUCUAAGAAUGUCGACGCGUAGCGUAGCAGAAAAGAUCGUACGACGAAAAGUGAAGCUAUUGGUAAAUAAAUCUUAGAAGAUCAAAAAGCUCGAAUAAUUCAUCGAAGCAAUGAUCAACCAAAAAUACGUUAUCGUAUUUUACUUAUAAACUUACAAGAUUUAAAAUAUAUAAAUUUAUUUAAAAUUGUCAUCUUCAAUCACAAGAUUCAAAGAAGUUUCUGAUCAGCAGACAAUCUAAUAAUCGAUACGAGCUUCAAAACGGAAUGCAGUUGAGAAUACACUGAACGUCUUAGACAGAAUCAAUUCCCUGAACGAGGCAAGUCGAUCGUGUUACGUUUCGGAAUCUCACAGAGUCCCGUGAUUCUCUGCAUCAUUGAACAAGUUGACCGUCGCGAUCUCUGGCAGAGUGGCGCUAAAAAUACACGACCAUUGGUGAUUCGACUCGAUCGACAACACGAUUUCCACGAAAUCGUAUUCCAGAAACGGUGGCGCGGCCCUCGAUCGUUCGACGAGUCGCAAUAAAGAAUAAUCGACCGGACCUCGAGGCCGACAAGGUCGCAGGAACGUUGACCGAUCUUUCAAGAUCGCACGGCAGACUCGACGCGAAGCUCGAUCGGUGGAUAAAUCGAAGGGCAAGUCGUGGGAUCCCUGACCAACGUCAAGCAACGCACCACGGUACUUUGGCGAAACGCUAAGAAGCGUUUACACGCUGAACGUUUAACAGGAAAAUCGAAAUUCACGAUCGAAUGGAGGAUCGAGAGUGAAGCUAGAUCGGUGUAUGUAUGAAAGUAAAUUCAAAAAUAUAUUGCGUGACAUCGUCGAUGCGAAAGAAAACCACUGAAGACAUUUGAAAAGUCGUGAAAGGUCGUUGACCAACGUGAAAAAAAUCGACAGUUUUGAUGAAGAUACAUCGAAGAUAUGAAAACAGAGUCUAACUUCGAGAUCGACAAGCUGCAUCAAAUGGCGGAUAUCAAAAGGACUACGUAAAUUCAAGAAAUUCGAGAUCGCGUGAAAAUUUCGAAGUUGAAUGAACGAGACAUAAAUCAGAGAAUAAAUCAUGUAGCAUUGCCAACUACUUCACGAAAAUCUCGACGACUUAGUGGCACUGAAGAAUAAAACUAGAGCUGAAGAUCCUGUUGGAGACGCGAUAUUAAACUCGAUUAAUAGUUGAGCGAGAAUAAAUCACAGUGAAAAUCCUAUCUCCAACGAAUAAACGCGACUAAAUCGAAGGAAAAGUCGUGCAACAACGCUGACCAACGUCAACCAAGAUUCGACGACGUUUUAGCUGAAACUCUAAGGACGACACGCGAGAAUAGAAUCGAAACGGCGCCAUGGUGUCCGUUCUCAAACGAAGAAAGCCAAUCUGUGAUCGUUGCACCUGUCGCUAUCUGUCAGGCUGGUAAACACGAGGCAAAACCUUGGGACCCGUUCGCGAGCUCCUCGACCUGGACAGUUAGAGAGUAAAGAGGGUACAGCACACCUGACUCGAAGCUUCUUUCUUGCGACAGCUGCGUGUUUCGGUCGAACACGGUUGACAGAGACGUGAUUGUUACGUUCACUAUCGCGCUGGGUCGAAGGUGGAAACUGGAGGAACUGAAAAAAUUGACUUUUCAAGACUUCGACGUAAUCGUCGUGGGUACGAAAAGUUUUGAAGAAUUGGUGAGAAAGAGCAGAGUAAGAAGUUGAAAUUGACAAGGAAGAGGAAGCUUGGUCAGAAGAUGAGAUUUACGUCAAAUGACUUAUCUUUCUGAAUAAAUUUAAUGAUUAAAGUGGGUGUUGCGAGUAAUCGUGAGGAUCUUGUUCUCGCGUAAAGAACAACUUUGUAAGUUGAUUGUACAGGAAGUUUAAUUUAGAAGGCAAGAUUGCUCGAAUCAAGAUCUGUUGCUACGGAUGCUGUGAAAAGUAACCUGUUUUAAGGAAAGGAAUAGAUCGAUAGCAGUUUAAGACAAGUUAAUAAAUAUUGCGAAGAUAACGAAGCGUAGAUAUUAAUCGCGAACAAGGUUCCUAUGUUAAAACUUACCAAGCUGCAGAUUUCUCAACGAAGUUAUUAACUUUCUAGAAAUGAAAUCAUAAAGCGCAAAGCUUCGAGCUAAAAGAAGUGUUUCGCCGAAUUGCCAACGGUCGACGUUGAUCAUACUUAUAAUUAACAUUGAUCGUGACUUCGAUACUUCUACGAAGAUUUCAAUCAAUGCUAUAAAUAAUCAAUUGAAGCGGCAAAUAUACGUCGAACCACUAUCGAUCGAGUAUCGAUCGUAUCCAAAACGAUCACUAAUCGUAAUUCCAACCUUCCGAUAAAAAUUUCAAUUACCACAAACACUGGUAGAAUUUUUAAACAAUUUAUUAAAAAGAUGUUUCAUCGAAUCACCGAUAAAUGACGGAAAUUACAGUUGAAAUUAACAUCGAUCGUAUAUCUGUAAUAUUUCUACGGAAAUUCUAAUCAGCGUUAUGAACGCAUCGAUCGAGUGGAACGAUAUUUCAUCGCCAAGAAGCCACAUUAAUCAUACUUAAAAUAAGCACCGAUCGUAACUUCAAUAUUUGCGAAGCUAGCAAAACUUCCAAUCAAUCGCACAAACACUUGUGCACGUAUUCUCGAAAGGAAACGCGAGAGACCACGAAGUGACGCGAUUUGAAUCAACACCCUCGCCAAAAGCAGACACCCAAUCAAUCCGGCAACUCACUCAGCCUCGAAACCACGCCUCGUCGACGACGUGCAGCACAAACAAAGCGAAAGCCGAAGCAAACACAGCGACGAUCGUUGCGGAGGAGGCGCGAAACCGGUGACUUGACCACGGGCAAGAUCGACGGCCGAAUGACGUCAAGGUUUUCGCUGGAACCUCGAAAAGAAGGAGAAAAGAAGGAUGCAGCCGGAUCGCUUUGUGCCUGCUGGAAACGUUAAAUAUAGCCGGAAGAAUUUCCGCGGCAUCCACGGGCUCUUCAUUCGCUUUGCUCGAUUUUCCUAGACCGCGAUUUAUGCGAAACGAGUGCGAGACCCCUCUCUCGACUGUCGUCGUUGUCGCGCGGAGACUAUCGCAGCUUCGUGUUACACGGCUGUACGCGAAUUAGCUCGGUUUUACUUCUAACGAUUCGGCUAGUGGAUUUCCUCGAGGCAUUUGCGAGAGGAAAAAUGCUGAUCACCAAGUAUACUACGAUCCUGCUGCAGUCUACCAAUCAACAUAUUCUCAGGAGCGAUGUCUUCCUGGAACCGUAUCUGCAGCAGCAUGGAACCGUUCAGGUUGUCAGCUCGCCGAGCACGCCUCCGCCAAAUCCGCUGCAGCAUCAUCAGCUCACGCAGCUACAUCAUGUACAGAGCGAGGAGUCGCUUUCCUCGGAAGGGUCGGCCACCUCGGGUGGAUCUUCGAGCUCGACGGAAGAUUCUGGCAGCGAGGUCGCGUGCGACAUCACUCUGAUCGAGAGGCUUAUACGCUCGCAUCCGAUUUGGUUCCUUCCUGGCAUCCAAAGAGCCGGCGCUUUCCACUUGUUGCAAGGCAAAGAGGAAGGGAACUUCGUAGUCCGCCAGUCAAGUCAGAGCGACACGAUGGCCCUGUCCGUGCGGCUGCCACCAGGAAAGGGACCGUACAUCGAGCACUACCUGAUCCAAGCCAACAAGGGGAAGCUGAGCUUGGAGACCAGCGAGAACAGGUUCGACAACAUCCCCUCGCUGAUCGCCCACUAUUCUCAGUGUUGUGACGAAUUGCCGGUCCAAUUGACACUGCCAAGGGCGAUGCGCGAGGCCAAGAAUAGGCAGCAGCUCUCCUCCCUGGCGCUUCUGGGUCAGGAAUUCUGGAGAUACCCGAUGGCGAAUCCGAAACCACCGGAGAGCAGCAGCAGCAACACGUCUAGCUUAAGCAGUUUCCGGGGUGGUAACAAUAAUUUGAAUAACAACAAUAACAAUAUUCAUACGCCGACGACGGAGAGUAUCGUGUUGAAUUUGGCGCCAAUCUCGUCGCAUGAUACCCGAAGCUCGUCGCCUACAGGCGCCUUGACGACAACCACAUUCGCGUCGUCGUUGCCUCGACAGCCUCGUCCAACGCCACCAAACACCUUGAAUUUGACAACCUUCAACGAGCCUUUGGACCUAAAGAAAGAGAAGAUCUCACCAGGGGACAAACUGUCUCAGAAAUUAAUCUCUCCUAAUCUGGUGCAGAGCGUUCGUUGCCCUUCACCCGUGGUUCACAACGUGGAAAGUAACGUGCUGAGUCCUGUCCAGGACACCAAAGUCAGCUUCGAGUCGAAAACCAUGGCAGAGACUUCGAAAUCGACGAUGGUCGAACUGUCCAGGACCAGAUUCUCCUCUGUCAGCACUUCCAUGAUGAAUUUCCAUCAAAACGUGUCGACGUUCAAUAAUCUGUCCUGCACCACGUCCCCUGUACUACCUGAGAUAAGAAAUAUCAUAGCGGAGAAUCAUUCUGUGGGACAGAACGUGAAAACGCCACCUCCGCCGCCUCCGAGAUGGGCGAAACCAGCGAUUGGCCCGAAUCAGAAUAAUUUCAGCGUUACUACCACCGUGACGUUCAAUGUCAAUCACUCGAACGAUGUCGGUAGCUCUCAGAACACCCCAUCGGACCCCAACACUUCUCUAUUGAGCCCACAGAGCGCCACGUCGAACAAAUCUCUGACCUCAAACUUCUCCGUGAAGUCACCCUUGUCUCCGACGACGCCGAUACUCUCCCCAAUGUCAAAACUAGUCCCAAACACAGGCGUCAAGACGCCCAACGUUCUUUCACCAACUACGCCAUCCAGUACGAGCAAAUCGAAACGAAGACGAGACCGAGAAGCUCGAAAGAACUCGCAACACUACCAAGAAUCUGACAUUUUGGAGUCGUACUAUCGAAGUUCACCUGGAGAUAAGAUUUCGGACUACGAGGAUAUUUGGAAUACUACCGAUCAGUCGAACCAUUCCACGUGGUCUCCCAACGACAAACUGGCCAGGAAUGAUGGACCAGCGAACCCUCAGGACCGACUGAGGAACUCGAACGAUCGACUGAUGGUCCCAGACAGAGUUGCAAAUGCAAAUUCCGAGAGAAAUUUCAACGAACGACUACCAACGAGCGAGCAGUUGAUAGUGAGGAACGACAGGAUGAUCGUGAGAAACGACAAGUCGAUUGGUAAUGAGAAAUUGAGUUACAAGGAGAUGACCAGUCCCGAGUUUAGCAGCUUUAAGCCUGCUCAGGAGGUGAAGCCUGUGGAGCAGAGCAAUGGAUCGCCGGAAGAAACAGGAAUGGGCAGGAGACCUGAUCUGUUAUCUCGAGUCUCAGGUAGCGCGAAUUCCUUGAACAGUCCCAGCACAGUGACACCUCCCAGGAACAAAUUAGGCUUAAUGCUGGCCAAAUCAGAGAGCAACAGCCCCCUGACACCAGAGUCGAAGCAGGGUAGUCCGUUUUACGCGGAGCCAGCGGACGCUAUCGCGCAGAGCGCGGCGAUAAUACCAAGAAGACGACCUAGGAACAACCCAGCAACGAAUAAAUAUCGACACAGCGAACCAGGGUGGCUACAAACCCCAGUAGGUGCAAAUUCUAAUCAGCUGCAUCCGAUCGACUGGGAGGAAUCGGAAGAAACGGAAGAUAAGACGCCUCUGAUCUCGUCUUCCGUGGAUAAUCUGGCCAAGAGACUCGGCACCAAAGAGACGAAAAAGAUUCCACGUGCCAAGCCAGUACAACCACCAAAGAUCAGGACCAAGGUGUUCAACGACACUUCCUGGGCCGUGGACUCCAGCUGGGAAUUUAUUGGCAACGAAGGGGACGACUGCGAUCCGGACUACGACUGUGACGCGGAUUACGAGGGCGACAACGUGGCCAGAAAGUUUCCGGACGAGGAGUGUGACAGGGACGUUGUUGGGAACACUUUGACCGUUCAGAGUAUCAUCCUCCAACGGUACCCAGAGCUGUUGAAACCGCCAGACACGUCGGAGUCGCUUUACAGCGACAGGAACUCCUCGUACGACAACGUCGAGAAGAGGAACGAAAGAGAGGAGGCUGGAGACACCAGGAAGGACCAAACUUAUGACUCUUCCGAGUGGGAGACGCCAUUGGAGACGGACGAAAGCGACGUGGAGAGGAUGAAGAGGAACAAGAGCUUCAAAGAACGACUGGACCCUCUUCUCUCUCCUCCGAGGUUGCAAGCCCUCAGGAAUCGUGACAACGGAGGCACAGGCUCCAGCAUAAGAUCGUACGCCUUGCAGCUGGCCGCUGACAAAACUACCACCUUCUCUCAGAAUAUCGAUAAUUUCAUCCAAUGCACGAAAGAAGGGAAAGAAGCCAGUCCGCACGUGGUUAUGAGAAACAUGAGACAGUUCAUGUCUGGAAUGAAAAACUAUUUGGUGAAACACGGCGAAAAGGAGUUCGAGAAAGAAGUGGAGAAGGAAAGAUUGAAGCUGAAGGCGAAUGAAUUUUUGAAUCUGGACGCGAUUUUGGAGGGCGUGAUGAUGAACCUGGUGGUCAGACCGCUCAGGGAACACGUUUACAGACUGUUUGUGGAUCAUUACGCGACCACCGGUUCGUUGCAAACCCUCGCCGAGAGCAUUCAACACGCCCAAGGGAAACACAUUCAGGAUCUCGGCGUUCGACCAAAGAUCAUACCCCCAUCGGAGCCCAAUUUGGAACGAAUCCUCAAGUGCAUCGAUCGUCUUCAGAAGGCGGAUUCACCUUUGGAUAAACUGGAAAACCUUCUCGCAGCUUUUUCGGCAAUUUUCAACUCUGUAAAACACGCAAAUUCUGGUAGACAUUUGGCGCUGGGUGCCGACGACCUCCUUCCUCUUCUAGUUUGGGUGUUGGUUCGUGGCAGAGUUGUGGACGCUGAAGUGGAGGCUGAGUACAUGUGGGGCUUGCUUCAUCCCUCUCUUCUCACUGGCGAAGGGGGAUAUUAUCUGACGACCUUGUCCAGCGCAGUUCACGUUUUGAAGACGUUCAAGUCCAGCCAGGGAACGAUGUCCACUUUAAAUGGCUGUGGAACACCAGACUGUUCAUCCGUACUACGAAUCUUAGUGCCAGAUGAACUGCAUGGAUCCCUGAACACCAGAACGUUGCCUGUGCGACCGAAUAUGAACACGAGAGAGAUCUGUCGCAUUCUUGCACAUAAAAUUAGAUGCACCAACCCCCAGGACUAUGGACUGUUCAAACUGGUUCAAGGGGAAGAAACCUUACUCGGUGACCACGAGUGUCCGCAAGAACUCUCUCACUGCCUUUUCGCUUACAAGCGGAUCGACGCGAAGAUAGCCUGGCCGAAGACCAGUUCUUAAGCCUCGCGAGCAGCAAACCUCGUAGAGUUAACGAUGUCGAUUUCGUGGUGGCGAAACUAACAAGUCUGAAACACCUGUCUCUACUCUUACUGUUAGUUUCGUUGCUAGCACCAUGUUUUCCUUUUGAUCGUCUCAUUGUUCACACAUUUUACAUGUAAGUCCGUAACGAAUUUUUCAAUUUGCAGCACAAAAAACCUCUUCGGUAAUCUAACUCUUAGAAUAUACUUGAACACUGCCAGGUAUAAACAGCUUUCGAACGAUCGACGUAAAAACGAAAAAAAAGUCCACUGAAAGCGACCAAAGUUUAAUUUAAGGAAAACGAUUACUAAACCUUGUACUUUUAUUCGUAAAUCGUGUUAAUCUAGAUCUAUACUCCCACAUAUCCGGUAUUUAAAAUCAGUACAAUCGUCAUCAUUCUAUUGGUCGCUUUUUGAUAUAUAGAAUUCUUGCCCAUAUUUUUUGUAAUUAGUAAUUAAUGUAAAGAAAAAGAAGGACUUGUCUUAGCUGCGCGAUGGUCCAAAGAAAUUGUAUUAUUUGUCUGAAUCAUUUAGCUGCCGAGGGUGAUGAUUAUAGUAGUGCAAUCUAGUAGUGCAAUGCGUAGCUGGGUACGAUCUCGAAGUAAGAAUUUCAUAUAACGCAGCUAAAGAGUCUGAAAAAGCAGAGUAUGAUCUUACGAUCGGGCGAUUAGCAUUCAAUCGGAUUUAAUUUGAUUUACAAGCAGGUGCUAGAGCGUCGGAUCGGCUAAAUGGAGGGUCGAUUCAGUUCGUUCGUUGGCACUGAACCCGAGAUUUCGAACAAAUUUCCGCCGAACGACCGUUUCUUAUUUAUGAACACAUGAAUAGUACGAGAUAAAGGAUCGUGUAUUACUCAGUAUUCGAUAUUUUGCAAAAUUCAUCGAUAACGAAGCUACUGACUAAGUCUCAUUGAUGAAAUAGAUUUCGAAUCGAGGAAGUCGAUGGAAAAUUCUUCGCUUUUCGCUGCAAGAAACCAAGGUUUUGAAUCUUUCGUGAUUGUCCUUCGAUCUCGAAACCUACUUCACGAGAGAACACUAAGUUUUUUACGGGAUGAAAUCACUGAAAAGAGAGCAACCAAAUGUCUCUGUAACAUUUCUUUCGAAAUAACUUUACCGCAGAUUACUUACUUACUUAAUUCUCUUAUUAAAAACAUUUUUAGCAUAUCGAUUGAUUUUUUAAAAAUAUUUUUCUACGAUUAAUCGAUGAGAUUGAUGCUGCCAUCUUACUCUUUAUAUCAGUCACUCAUUUUUAUAUUUUUAACGUUAUUAUUUUUUGUUGACAUCUUGUUACAAAAAAUCAAUUUUUACCAUAUACGAAUUAUUUAUAUGCGAAGGGAGAUCAGAGAUAUGUUGGAUUGCCUCUGUUAGGGGUGAUUCAAGCCUAUAGUAUAACCGAUUAAAAAUCAUAGGGGGAUUACCCCUUUUAAUACAAAUUGAAUACUAGACUUAUAUAUAUAUAGAACACGAAAGGCUAGUUUAGACUCUAUUUUAAGUACUUUCUCGUCGAGACGUUGGCGGAUUAUACAAGCAAUCUGUACUUUUAGGCGGACGUCGCAUAUUUAUUGGGAAGUUGUACACAAUAUUUUACUAUCAUUCGUCGGAUUUUUCCUUUUUUUUUCGCGUGUGCGUGCGCGAGUGUCGCUUCUUCUUUUCUCCGAAUCUGCCAGGCUGAUUUGCUCACCUAAUAUUAUUAUAAAAGGCUGUGGAACUAAUUAAUCUCUUACUCUCUCCCUCUCUCUCUCUCUCUCUCUCCAGAAAUGAGCAAUUGAAUACAGAGCAGAGUUCGAUCAUGUUUGUGUUUUUGGGGGAUUUGUAUGGGGGUUGAGAUAUGAGGGUUGGAGCGUAAAUCGUGGAGCGAAUAUUUUGCUACUGAAACUCUCGUACAAAUCAGCCUUGCAAUUGUUAUUAGGUAUUGUCUUAUAUAAGAAAACGAACAAAAAAAAAAAAGGAAAAAAGAAAAAAGUGAAAAGUAACACGAUGUGUAGCCCUCGAUAAAUACGUGUAAUAAUAUACGAUAAUAAUUAUUAGCAAUUUAUAAAUGUACAUUUCUCCUUUAUAUGUCGUAUCUAAUUUAUUAUGAAGCGAAUUUUUAAUACCUGUAAUGUCGUAAUUAAUAAUAUCCCUCUGCAUUAAACGUGCUUUCGAUCCUCCACCACCACCCCCCCCCAGCCCUCUUCGAAUCUAAUUGAUUACGAUUAACCGUAAUGUUAAUGCUUCUAAUAUGCUAGUCAAGCCGAUACAAAUCAGAAGUUUGUAAAAGAGUACCGUUUUUUCUCUCCUCUCUAUGGCCCUUUUAUAGGUGUAACUUUUCACGUGAUAGUUUCUACUUGUUGACAAAAAAAAAAAAAAAAGAGAUAAGGUAAUAUCAUUUAUUAUCAAUUAUUCUCACCUUUAUUACGAUUACUGAUUAUGAUUACUAUUGUAACGUGUAACAGUAUGCUCAAUAAAAACUUUUCUAUAAUUCGAA